AUGAACGAUGCAAAGCACACUGUACAGCACGUGUUGUAUAAAUGGCGCAGCGGACAGCAACGGCUCGAUACGAUCGCAGAGCGCGGACCAUGGAGAGAGACCCCGCAGCAUUUCACUCGAGCUCUUCAAUCAACCCUCGAGCUCGUGGCACCAGGUGAUCACUCGACCACCAGGUCUCUCACUGAUAGCGGUGAAAAUCAAUCGAUGUUACUUAAUCACCAGAAAUUACAUACUUUGAGCAAGCAGCUCAUUAAACUUUGCAGUAAUCCGGAUUCUCUGAGUCUGCGAAAUUUACGACUGUCUUCGAGCGUGCGUCUUAGCGGCUACCGCACCAAGACUGACGGUAAUGCGAUUAUCGACCUGGAGGAUGACCAUGCAUCGUCGCCAAAUAGACGACUAGUUAGAGGAAGCCCUAGUCUAUAUUCUCGAGAAAAAUCCAGACCUACAGUUAUUCGAGGAAAAUCAGCGGCUCGUUCUCAAAUCGGCAUGGUUGCGAGCAGUCAACUAAGGACGACGAAAGCUCGAGAUCAAAUCCAGGUUUCAUAAUCGGGUUCUUGAUACGGAAAGUAAUUCAAUCGUGAGAAGAGCCGCAUCACUAUGGAGCCGAAUGUAAUCUAUAGGAUCUUGUACCGUAUUGAUUCUCGGAGAGGAUGAUGAACUGAACACACCUUUAAUGAAAACCUUUUCAUGGCUGCAGUUCAAGGUACUUAAACAUCGUUUGGUAAGCGUAUUCAAUAUUCCAAAUAAAUGUGAAAAUAUGUAAGUAGUUUGUUUCAACUUGGAAAAGCUAUGUUUUUUACUUGGAUUGUAUAAAAACGAUAAUGAACAGCGAUAACUUCGGAGCUAUCUCUGAACGCCCUCUCCCACACUCC